AUGGCCGCUCAGGACGACACGGCAGUCCCCAAUGGCGUGACUGAAGCUGCUGCGGUGCCUCAAGGCGGCGAUGAAGCCAAGGUAGAAUCCAUCUCCAAUGCUAAAGGAGAGCAAAACAAGGCCAAAAAUUUCAUCUCGGAAUUCUUCGUCUACUUCCAGCUUCUCGUCUAUGCCAACCCAAAAUGGAUCGACAUUGUCCUCCUCGUCACCGGCACAGUUUCCGCAGCGGCAGCAGGAGUCCCAUUCCCUCUCAUGGGUAUCCUCUUCGGCCAGCUCGUUGACGACCUCAACACCGCCAGCUGUGAUGCCCAAACCCCUGACGCGGACGACGCUUCGCGCAUCCAGUCCUCCAUCGACAGCAAGGUGCUCGAGCUGACUUACAUCGGUAUCGCCAGUUUCGCCCUGAUAUACAUCUACAUCGUCUGCUGGAGCAUCUUCAGCCGUCGACUGGAAGCGCGCAUCAGAGACCGCUAUUUCCAAGCGCUGCUGCAGCAAGACGCGACCUUUUACGACCAACGCCAGGCCGGUGAGCUUUCAUCUCGCCUCAAUGCAGACGUACAAGCCGUUCAGUCGGGUACUUCCGAGAAGGUUGGCAUCUGCAUCGCCUGCACGUCCUUUUUCUUGACGGCGUACAUCGUCGCCUUCAUCAAGAACUGGAGGCUUGCGGCCAUGCUUCUAUCCCUUAUACCCGCCUUCUUCCUCAUGGCCGGUCUGGGAAGUGCAUUCACGGCGAAAUUCACCAGUGCCAUGUCCGACGCGAUAGGAUCUGCCUCGUCCAUUGCUCAGGAGACCUUGUCCAAUAUUGCAGUUGUCCAGGCUUUUGGUGCCGGGCCGCGCCUGGAGGCCAAGUUUUCUUCCCACAUGAUGACUGCUCAGAAAAAGGGCAUCAAGAAAGCAUUUGCCGCAGCCGUCCAAGCCGGCACUCUCUACUUCAUUGCCUACGCGGCGAAUGCCUUGUCUUUUUGGCAAGGCAGCCACCAGAUUGUCAAGACAAUUGCCGACCCCAGCGGCGUGUCGGUGGGAGAGAUUUACACCGUGAUAUUUCUCCUUGUGGACGCAUGUGUUGUCUUCGGCUCAAUCGCGCCUCUCUUGCCUCUGUUGGGGGGUGCAUCCACAGCAUUCCAAAAGCUGCGGCAAGAUAUCGACACUCCAGCCAUCAUCAACUCGGGAUCCGACUCCGGCCUCAAACUCUCGGAUUCUGCCGCCGCCUCGAUUUCAUUCCGAAACGUCACCUUUGCUUACGUCUCCCGGCCAGAUCAACCUGUUCUUAAAAACGUCUCCUUUGACUGUCCCGCUGGCAAGUAUACCGCCAUAGUCGGACUCUCUGGUAGCGGUAAAUCUACCGUAGCUGGCUUAACGACGAGGAUCUACGACCCUCAAGAUGGACAAGUGCUGCUCGACGGACAUGACCUAAAGCAACUGAACGUAAAAAACUUGAGAAGCUUCAUCAGCUUGGUUCAACAAGAACCAUCGCUUCUGGAUCGAUCAAUCUUGGAAAAUAUCGCACUGGGACUAUUCAACUCGCCAUGGGAGAAGUAUCAAAAAUUCCACUCCAUCAUCCUAGGGCAGGGGCUUGCUGAAGUGGCAGCAAAGGUCAGAGAGGGACAAGACUUGACUACCGUCGCACAGGCGCAUAGUCAGGACAUGGCUGAACUCAUUGAAAUGGUCCGCAGCUCUGCGUCCCUGGCUGACGCUUCAGGCUUCAUUGACAGACUGGAGUACGGAUAUGGAACCAUUGUUGGCACUGCCGGAAAGCUCGUCAGCGGAGGGCAGAGGCAGAGAUUGGCAUUUGCUCGUGCUCUGAUCCGAGACCCCAAGAUCCUUCUCCUCGACGAAGCUACAGCAUCUCUGGAUUCAGCUAGUGAGCGACGCAUCCAAGAGGCAGUCGAGUCCAUCUCCAAGGGUCGUACCAUUAUCGCCAUCGCGCAUCGCUUGUCCACAAUCAAGAAUGCCGACAACAUCAUCGUUAUGAACAACGGCGAGAUCAUUGAGCAAGGCACUCACCUGGAGCUCAUGGCCCUGGAUGGCUCGUAUGCCGGAAUGGUCCGCCUACAGAAUCUGGCGUCCAAAGAACAUGACGACACGCCAUCUCUGUCGAGCACGUCCAAGGAUGAAGCCAUUCCGACGACAAAGGAAGAGCUCUCAGCUUCUACUUCAAAUGUGCAGGAAUCCGGACAAGAGCCUGUUGCAGCAGAAGACAAGACACUUGAUGACAGCCAGUCAGCUUGGACAAUCAUCAAGAGCCUUGGUCGCAUGCUCAGACCGCAUCUACUGAUGCUCCUCUUGGCCGUCUUCUCCGCCGUCAUCGUUGGUGGCACGUUCUCUUCAGCAGGUGUCAUCUUUGGCAACACGGUCGAAAAAGUGAGUCCCUGCAACUCGACCCAUCAGAUUCUAUGGGCAGGCAAGUUCUUCGGCGGUCUUUUCUUCAUGCUGGCGGUCGUUGAGCUGUUCGCUUACACGGGAAGCUGGUAUGGCUUUGGAUACAUUGCGGAAAAGCUUCUCUAUAAAAUACGCGUGCUCACUUUCCGAUCGCUGUAUGAACAAGAACUCGACUGGCAUCAGGCAGAAGGCCGUUCGCCAUCCUCGUUGCUCUCCAUCAUCACAGCAGAUGCUGCUGCUGUUGGUGGCUUCAGCGGAUCUAUCAUGGGAACAAUGUUCUCCAUUGUCGUCAACUUCUUGGUUGCCAUUAUUUUGUCGCACAUUAUUGCGUGGAAAAUUGCCAUUGUGUGUUUGGUCACAGUUCCCAUACUCUUGGGUUCGGGAAUCAUGCAAGUCCGGUCCCUUUCGCGCUUUGAGCGCAAGCACGCUGGAGCAUUCUCGAAUGCACUUGGCAUUACUGUCGAAGCCGUCACUUCCUACAAAACCGUAUCCUCGCUUUCAAUCGAAGAUGAAAUUCUCAACACUUAUCGUCGAGCACUCAAGGCUCCGCAAAGGGAGAUGGCUCUAGCCAGUGCUUAUACCAACUUCUGGCUGGCCAUCGCCAACAGUAUCGGCAACCUCAUCUAUGCUUUUGCCUACUGGUGGGGUUCGACCAGAAUCACAAAGGGAGAGUACAGCCAGGCUCAAUUCUUCAUCAUUCUCAUGGCCAUGCUCGUCUCGCGGUCCAGAGCAGCAGCAUCCAGAAUCCUGAGUCUCAUCAAUCUUGGGUCUUCCAAACGCCUUGAUGCCAAGGACACUGAGCCUGAAAUUUCAUCACGCGGAGAGAAGGAUGUUGAAGCCAUUCCAGAUGCAGUCUCAAGUCGCGUGCUCAAUUCAAGUCGUGGUGGCGCCACAAUCACUUUCCGUGAUGUCUCAUUUUCAUACCCUGCUCGUCCGCACAUCCAGAUUCUCAAAGGCAUGUCAUUUACGAUACCGGCCGGCCAGUUUUGUGGUCUCGUGGGGCCAUCGGGAGCUGGCAAGUCCACCAUCAUGUCACUUGUUCAGAGAAUGUAUCGCCCUACUGGUGGAGCCGUCGAAAUCGACGGGGUCGACAUCUGCGCUCGCGAGGGAGUGGAUUUCCGUCAUGAUAUCGCCGUAGUACCACAGGACUGUGCCCUGUUCGAUGGAACCAUCAAGUUUAACGUGGGACUCGGUGCCGUUCCAGGUCACGAGGCGUCCGACUCGGAGAUUGAAGAAGCCUGCAAGCUAGCCAACAUCCACAACACCAUCAUGUCGCUACCCAAGGGCUAUGAGACAGAAUGUGGCCCUAACGGAUCUCGAUUAUCUGGAGGCCAGCGCCAAAGACUGGCCAUUGCGAGAGCGCUAGUGCGAAAGCCGCGGCUGCUGCUGCUCGACGAAAGUACCAGUGCCCUUGACGCAGAGAGCGAAAGGGCGCUGCAAGAAGGCCUGGAGCAGGCAGCCAGAGGCAUCACCGUGAUUGCCAUCACUCACCGGCUACACACAGUCCGCAAGGCUGACGUGAUCUUUGUAGUCGAGGGCGGCCAAGUGGUCGAUAGAGGACGUCACGAGGAGCUUGUGGAGAGGAGCGAAUCGUAUAGGAUCAACGCCCUGCAGCAGAUGUUAGGGUAG